UUCGAAGAACCCACCUUUUUUUUCUUUUUGCCUCUAACAUAUCUUGAAUAAUUCUACGAGCAUGGAGAAAGAAAAGGAACAAGAAGAAAAGCUGGUGAAGAAGAAGAAAGCCAUUAUGCACGCUCAUGAUCACAAUAACACAGUGAUGAGAAUGGCUUCAAUUGCUAUAAGCUUGAACGCGAGGUUGAAAGCUUCUGACAUGCCUCUUCACAUGCAAGAACAUGCUCUUCACUACACAAGAUCACUUAUCACCCAUGGCCAUGGCCAUCACCACUAUCCUUCCAAUAAGCUCACACACACACACUUAGCAAGAGAACUCAAAAAGGAGUUCGAUUCGAUGUACGGACCAGCGUGGCACUGUGUGAUUGGGACGAGUUUCGGGUCUUAUGUGAGUCACACUGGUGGCGCGUUCUUCUACUUUUCCAUUGACUCACUCUCCGUUCUUCUCUUUAAAACGGAGGUUUACUUGCUCACGCCACCACCACCACCUCCUCAUACAAAUUAACCCUUUUUUUUUUUGCUUAACUUUUACAUGUAUUUAUAUUUUCCAUCAGAACUCAGGAGUUAGAGCUGAGUCCUUUUGUGCUAACCUUAAUAAAUGUGAUAUAUAUAUAUGGUUAUGAUUCUGGGUUAUAUAUAUAAGUGUUUUGUCCCGAAAUUUGGUAGUGUUCAAAUUGAAUCAAUUAGUUA